AUGGCUGACCAGUCGGUGAGGCCGCAAGCACACUCCCGCGUCCCAGAAGACACUGUUUGCUAUGCAAUCUUCCCUGACUCCUCCCUCUCUACUCCCUCCGGUUCCUCCCAUUCACUUUUACUCCAAUCCCUCCACCUCCAAAUCCUUGACUUUAUUUCUCCUUACACCUCCUCUUACGUCUGGCAGCACGAACCCUUUUCUCUCUCCCUAUCCUCCUCUGUUUCUCCCCCUCCCCCUCACCUCCACGGCAAGCUCCGCUUUGGUGACAACAUUGAAGAUGAAUGGUUCACUGUCUUCCUUCUCUUUCAAAUCUCUGCUCACUUCCCUUCUCUCUCCAUUCGAGUCUGGGACAACGACGGUGAAUUCCUACUCAUUGAAGCUGCCUUUCACCUCCCUCGUUGGAUUAACCCCGAGACCAGUGCUAACCGUGUGUUUAUUCGCUGCGGUGAUCUUCAUAUAGUUCCGAAAAGCCGGUUACCCCACCCGAAGUUGAUCGAUUCCUUGAAAUUUUUGAUAGAUAGUGAGAGCGAGUCUCGCGCAACGGAGUCUGUUCAAAUUGCUCUGAAGGCUCGAAUUUCUGAUUAUCCAGAAAGAGCAAGACGAAAUAUGCAUCAAGUUAGAGUUAGGGUUCCGGUAUCGGUGGCACGGGUUUUAAAGCGCGAGCCGUGCUUGAUUUCUUUAGCGGUGGAGGGGUUUUAUGAUAGAGAUAUUGAUACAAUGAAGUAUGCAGCAAAAAUGGAGAAGUUUUUGAGUAAAGGGAAGGAGGAGGAGCUGGUUUCUGUGGUGGUAAAGAUGUCUAGAGCUAUGUAUGCACAGUUAAUGCAGCAAAAGUUUCAGGCACCCAAGUGCUAUCCUAUGCCAAGUAGAGGAGCUGAUGUGGAUGCGUAUGUAGAGGCGGAAUUAGGGAUGAAGAUUGCAUGUGGGUUCGAGAUGAUGUAUCAACAGAGGAGGAGGGAAGGAGAGGAGGGCAAAGGGAGCGCGUGGCAUAAGUAUAAGGAGAGCUUGGAGAGAAGUGGGUAUUUUGAAGGAAUUUUGCCAGGUUCAAAGGAUUACAAGAGGUUGAUGGAGAAUGCAGAGGAGUAUUACCGAAAUAGUAACCUGUUUUCGAAGACCAGUCAAAUGAUGAGUGCUCCAGUGAGACGGAUUGAUGAAAUUCUUGCUUUACCACAUUCAGCUGAUGAUUUUAGGUGCCAGGAGGUUCCACCUUCUGAUGAUGAUUCUUGGCUCUACAAGGGAGAAGAUGAGUUGAAUGCUGCUCUACAAGAGAGACAAAAGGAGAUGGAUCUGUACAACGCAAAACAUAAAAAGAAACAGAUGUCAAAGGAGCCACCAGAUGCUGGUCCUUCAUCCAGUACUAAUUUUGAUGAUUUUGAUCUUGGUGAAAUGGCAAAUGCCAUGCAAGCAUUCGUGGAUAAAGCAUCAAGUUACAAGGGGGCAGAGGUUCCAGAAAACAGGAAUAUGACAGAAGUGGACCUUGAUGUGGACCGUUUUCUAAAAGACAUGGAAUCUGUUAUGAAGCACUAUAGCCCUAAAGACAGUGCUGGUGGUGUUGAUUCUGAAGAAGCAUCAUCAUCUGACAUGGAUUUUGAUGAGUCUGAAGAUGAGAGUGAUAUUAUGGAAGCUUCUGAGGAUAAUGUGGAUGGAGAGGACACUUUCAUGAACACUUAUUCUGAUGCUCUGAAUGAGGAACUGAAGAACACCACCCUUAAGAAAAGUUUUGUUCGUACAGAUGACCAGUUGUCCAAGAAAAAUGAGGGGACAUCAAAUGCCGUGGAGGACAUGGACGAAGAAUUUACUCCAGUGGAUGUUGAUGUUAACCUGGUGAAGAGCCUACUUGAUUCCUAUUCAUCUCAACAAGGACAACCUGGCCCUACUUCCAAUUUGCUUGGGCUCAUGGGUCUACAGCUCCCCCAAGAUACCAAUAAGGGCAAAUGA